AAUCCUAAAGAGGGCAAUGAACGAACCGCACCAAAACAAACCGUAGGAAAAACCUAGUCCCGCCAUUGCCAUCCUCCAAUACAGUUAAUCUGAUUCACUCGCUUCUCUCUGUCGUAAACAAAAGCUUAACACACUUCCUCUCUCCUGUAUCAGCCGGAAGAAAAUGGCUUACAGGCGAGCCAUAUCUAGCAGAGCGAAUUUUACAGCUCGGCGUUACCAUCCAUCGGUUUGUCACAUUGUCAACGACGACGAUCGCAAUAAUCAGCCGGUGAAUGAAAAAUUUUCAUCGCAGAAUUUGAGUAAAUUUCUUCUUCAAAGUAGGUUUUUUUCGAAUGGAUUUAGCGAAUCUAAAUUAUCAGGAGGCUUCCGUGGGGUUUAUCAAGAUAGGAGAUUUACGAAUGCUAUGAUUUUUGCGAGCUCUGGUUCUUCGUUUUGUCGAUAUAUGUCGACUGCGAUUGGUGAAAGCUCGGAUAAGAUGGAGCUUAUAAGCGAUGUCGCUGACGUUCUCACGGACUCCACUGUGCAAGCCAUGGCUUCCCAGGUUCCUGCUGUGAACGAAGUGGCGAUCGCUGCUGCUGAUUCUUUCUUGCCCGUUAAGGCUUUGCAGUAUUUCAUUGAUGCUGUGCAUACUUAUACUGGCUUGAAUUGGUGGGCUUCUAUAGCUCUAACGACUCUUUUGAUUCGUGGGGCAACAGUUCCACUUCUAAUAAAUCAACUUAAAGCUACCUCAAAGCUUACUAUCAUGAGGCCUCACUUGGAGGAGAUUAAGCAACAGAUGCAAGAUAGGGCUAUGGAUCCCACGGCUGUGGCUGACGGUCAAAAGCGGAUGCAGAAGCUAUUUAAGGAAUAUGGUGUCAGUCCAUUUACUCCAUUGAAGGGACUUUUUAUCCAGGGUCCUGUGUUCAUCAGUUUCUUUCUUGCAAUAUCAAACAUGGCAGAAAAAGUGCCAUCCUUCAAAAGUGGUGGAGCCUACUGGUUUGUUGAUCUCACAACUCCAGAUCCUCUUUACAUUCUUCCAGUUUUGACAGGAUUGACAUUCCUAAUAACAGUGGAGUGUAAUAUGCAAGAAGGUCUGGAAGGAAAUCCUAUUGCUGGCACCAUGAAAAAUGUAUCAAGGGGACUUGCUGUUCUUACAGUUCCAUUUACCAUGAGUUUUCCAAAGGCUAUAUUUUGUUACUGGGUUACAUCCAACUUCUUUUCCCUCGUGUAUGGGUUAGUUCUUAAAAAUCAUGGGGUAAAGAAAAUUUUGGGUCUUCCUGAAAUACCCGUUCAGCAGCCCAGUACUGCUUCAAAACCUGCCCCUUUCUCGGUGUUUUCAGCGUUGAAACCACCCUCGGCAGUGACAGAAGAACCUACCUCAUUGCCUGUUGAGUCAUCUAAGGUUUCAGACCGAAAAAUAUCGUCAUCUUCAGUUAUCAGUCAGAGGCUUAGGAGUUUAGAAAAACAAGUAAAGGGAAGAAAGAAGAACAAAAAGAGGUAGGAGAAGUUAGUAAGUUACAAUUUUGAAAGACAAGACUACCAAUUUGACUACUGAAAGAUAAUUUUGUUGCUACUACAUUCCAGUGUAAUAUUCUUUAAACAUUCUUAUGUAAUUUAACUCAAUGAAUGAGGAGUUAUGGUCGUUGAGAGAGUGAGAGAGAGAGAAUUUUUAAUAAAUCAGGUCAAAUUACAAGUGCUUUUGUUUCUGAUUAACAAGUUGAAAAUUUUGUACCGUGCCAUUAUUAACAAAAUGGAAUCUCUUAUUUCCGUGGAGCUGUAUUGCUCUUCCAUGACAGAUACAAAAAUAAAUUAAUAAAGUUUUGGAGGUUUUGGGUUUUA